AUGAAGUUGAGCUGUUUCAGUGUUGGUGUUACUCUUGCGGUUGCCGCAGGGGUUGCCAUAGCGUCAGACGUGCCGGAAUAUAAGCCAUUGAAAAAAUCAGUGUUGAAGAAUGCAGCCAUUUUUGAACAAUUUGAUUAUGAAGAUAUUAAUGAAUCGCCUUGGAGAAUCAGCCAUGCAGAGAAAGAUGACGAGUUCACUUAUAGAGGCCAGUGGGCAAUUGAAACAUCAAAGGUAUACCCUGGAUUUAAAGGUGAUAAAGGAUUAGUGAUGAAGACCCCUGCGGCUUACCAUGCAAUUUCGUAUAAAUUAAAUGAAUCGUUUGAUAAUACUGAUCAGGAUUUGGUUUUACAAUAUGAAAUUAAGUUACAAGAUGGAUUAAGUUGUGGUGGGACCUAUGUUAAGCUUUUGAAUCAAGGGUAUGAUGAAUCUGAAUUCAAUGGAGAAACCCCAUAUCAAAUUAUGUUUGGACCUGAUGUUUGUGGAUCCAAUGAUAAAGUACACUUUAUUAUAAAUAGACCAAACCCCUCCACUGGAGAAGUUGAAGCACAUCAUUUAAGAACUGCACCAAUGUCAAGAAAUGAUCAGUUAACUAAUCUUUAUACAUUAAUUUUGAAAAAGAAUCAAGACUUUGAAAUUAGAAUUAAUGGAGAUGUUGCUAAAGCAGGUAAUUUAGUUAAAAACACAGCUUUAUUGACUCCUCCCUUGAAUCCUCCUGAGGAAAUCGAAGAUCCUUAUGAUACAAAACCUUUGAGUUGGGAUGAUCGUAAAUUUAUCCCCGAUCCAAAUUACCCAGCAAAACCAGAUGAUUAUGAUGAACUUUAUGGGAAUGCGUACAUUCCAGACCCCGAGGCAGUCAAACCCGAGGAUUGGGAUGAAAGUGAACCUCUAUUUAUUCCUGAUCCUGAAGCAGUUAAACCAGAAGAUUGGAAUGACGAAGAAGAUGGCGAAUGGAUUUCUCCCGAUAUUAUAAAUCCAAUUUGUGAAACUAAAGGAUGUGGUGAGUGGCAACCUCCAAUGGUACCAAACGCAAAUUAUAGAGGUAUUUGGCUACAACCAGAUAUUAUUAAUCCAAAUUAUAAAGGAACCUGGAAACCUCGUAAAAUCUUAAAUCCAGAUUAUUACGAAGAUAAAACUCCUUCAAAUAUUGGAUUAAUCGAUGGUAUUGGGUUUGAAUUGUGGACUAUGAGUAAAGACAUCAUGUUUGAUAAUAUUUAUUUGGGUCAUUCGAUCAAAGAAGCUGAACUAAUUGGUAAUUUAACUUAUAAUCCAAAAUCAGUUCUAGAAAAUGAUGAUUACGAUUUGAAUAGACCCCGUGCUCCAAUUGAACCAAUCCAACCUCCAGUGUCUUUCGAAGAUUUUUUGAAUGACGAUAACGAAUCCACUUUAACCCAAUUCAUUGAAUUUAUUAGAAUUGUUUUCUUAAGACAAUUUUUAGAUAUAAAAGAUUUUUACUAUGAAUUCAGAUUAAAUCCCCUUGACCUCAUCUUAAAUGAGCCUUUGAAAUUCGUCGUUUACUGCUGUGCUUUCUUGACCAUAUUCACCUUUGGUUUUGCUAUUAUUAACGUACUUGUAUUUGUAUUGGCUGCUUCGAAACAAGAACUACCAAAGAACGAAACCCCCGAGCAAGAAGCCAAAAUUGUCGAAAUCAAAGACGAUGAGCCAUCGGCCACCGGUGUCGAAGAACACACCACCAAGCCCAUCAAAAGACACUGA